CCGAGCCGAGCCGAGCCGCGUACGAACCGGCCAAGUGGAUAGGGAGGCAAAGGGAAUCGCUCGACUCGGCCAAUAACAAACUAAUCAACGUUGUUAGUCGAAAUUAACAACCGGGCCGAGCGCGCCGAUUGGACGUCCCCCUUGCCCUCCUAGCAAUUUUUCCCCGUGAUCGCGAAUCAACUCGGAAGAGGCGAACUGUGUCUCUGUGCGGUUUGUGUUUUCAAAGCGUACUGCGUACUGCUGCACCAUAUUCGCAGUACGCGGUAUUUUUGGUGUACUAUCGUCGAAAAAUGAUUUGGAAAAUUACGUUUGUCGUAAGAAUACUUUGCUCGGUAUCGGACGUUCCGAAUGAACGUUCUACUUUACUGUGAAAUACCAAGUGUUCGAUAUUUGUUCGGUAAACUACGCGCAUCGUAACCUCAAAUGCUGCGUGUGCCCGGGGUGUUAUCCGAACUUGUCCGUCAUCGUUGUAAAUGCAAUUUGUCGAGAUCACGCGGAGAAAACAAGUUUCCGCGUAAUCGCGAAUUUUUCACGAUUUCACAAUCGAAAGGUUCCGCGUAUAGUGUACUUUUUCAAAUGAUUUCAUCGUUAUCUUCCUGUAACUCGGUAUUGUUUACAGUGAUUCGCGCAGUCGGUCGUGUAUUUUGACUAAUUAAUUUCACAAGAAUGAAUCAUGGUAACGUAACAACGGGGGGCGUACAGACCAGUUAUCGAAAAUUUGACACAGAAAAACGGAAAAGUUAUUUAACCAAAGUGAAAUGAUCAAAUUAAACAGCGAUGAUUCGCUCGGAUCGCCUAUCGUUAAUGCUACCAGAAGCACGCAGGUAGAAUCUGAGAAAGAUUCGGAGAGCGACGAAGAUCAGAUACGGCGUCUUAUACCGUCGCAAAAGAAAGAAAUCGAGGAUGAGAACGUUUGGUCGAUUUCUAUACAAAUGUUUAUACCCUUUUUGUUGGCUGGUUUCGGCAUGGUAGCUGCCAGUUUGUUAUUAGAUAUUGUACAGCAUUGGCCAGUGUACAGAGUAGUAUCCGAAGUGUAUAUAUUGGUACCAGCAUUGCUCGGUUUGAAAGGAAACCUGGAAAUGACGUUGGCUUCCAGACUUUCUACGCAUGCCAAUCUCGGACACAUGGAUACUCGGAAGCAGCAGUGGACACUGAUCGUCGGGAAUCUAGCUUUGAUACAGUGCCAAGCCAUGGUCGUAGGUCUGCUAGCUUCCGUGGCUGCCGUCGUACUCGGUUGGAUACCGGACGCUCGGUUCGAUAUUCAUCAUGCACUGUUAUUGUGUGCUAGCGCUUUGGCAACAGCGUCCGUGACUAUGCGCCGUGGAUCGCUCCAACCUGUGUGGCGUUUCAUAUCGUCGUUACCCCUGUUUGGGGUUACAUUGCAGCUAGAAAUCCAUUUACAAAGGAAAUAUUGGAUUACGGCUGGACACCUGUGAUAUGCGCGAUGUUG